AGCUCAUCCAUCCUGUGAACCAGAGUAACGAAACUUGCCUCGCUCGUAGUUCUUAAACUGUAGUUUUUAACGGUUUGAACUGGUUAACAGCCGUUUAACUGAACGUUAGCUGUCGUUAACUAGCAACGGUAAUGUUGGUGAGGUCGAAAAUUUUAGCAGUAACGGCUCAAAGGGCAACUGCCGUUUCCGCUGCAAACGUAUAUAUACUAUGGAUGAAGUAGCCACACUUUCUAACAUUUUGCAUUUAAUCAAAUUAGAAGGGGGGAAAGUUAACAGUAUUGACUGUCGGGCCUAGCUUUGUUCCGUAACUCCAUGUUAACGUUUGCUAACAUGGUUGAUCCAAAGAGGAAGUCGAUCUUUUAACUUUGUUAGCUUGAAGUCACCUGUUUAUCUAAUUAACGUUAACUUACUAACGUUAUAAUAAACGGUUUGCUAAUAUAAGAAACUGAUUUGAUAUCACACUAGUCGGGAUGAGUUGUUAAUUAUACCAACAAAUAACUUGGCGCUCAGGUCUCAGCGGAGUACAGCACACUACAGUUACUAUGGAAGAAGUACAGCAGGGCAGCAAUGGCACCGAGUCACAGACUACCACCAUUCCCACUACCAUCACAUCCUCUCAGUUCUCACAGAUAGCCCAACAGAUGUCACUGGGAGGUUCUUCCGUGGCUGUUGUACAGCUGCCAGGGGGUCAGUUUCAGGUUCAAGGAGUGAUCCAGUCUGCACAGUCAGUCAUUCAGUCCCCUCAGGUGCAGAUUGCACAGGUCCAGGAUUCAGAUAGUGAUGAUUCACAGGACUCAUCAGACAGUGGAGUUGCAGCCCAAAAGACCAGAGAAAUACUAGCAAGACGGCCGUCAUACAGAAAAAUCCUGAAUGAACUUUCAUCUGAGGAAGUGGCACACAUUGAGGGAAAAGAUAACAGCCCAGCAUCGACUGGAGUGACAGGUGUUACAGUACCCACCACCCCAAUCUACCAGACCAGCACCGGCCAGUACAUUACCAUAUCUGCCAAUGGCACAAUCCAACUGGCAACUCCAGGGUCCGAUGGCAUUCAAGGACUACAGGCUGUCGCCAUGGCCAACUCUGGUGGUGCCCAGCAAAGCACCACCAUCCUUCAGUAUGCCCAGACACCUGACGGCCAGCAGAUACUGGUGCCUAGCAACCAGGUAGUUGUACAAGGUGCAGGAGGAGAGAUGCAAACAUACCAGAUCCGCACAGGUCCAACAUCCAGCUCCCUGCCUCAGACUGUAGUUAUGACCUCUCCAGUUGGACUAUCUCAGGGCAAGAGUGACGAUCCAACAGUGAAGAGGGAAAUCAGGCUUGCAAAAAAUAGAGAGGCAGCCCGUGAAUGUCGACGGAAGAAAAAGGAAUAUGUCAAAUGCCUGGAAAACCGCGUAGCUGUUCUUGAAAACCAAAAUAAGACCCUGAUCGAAGAACUGAAAACAUUAAAGGACCUUUAUUGUGUUAAAACAGGAUAGCCUGUUUGAGUAGAGGUUGAGGAUUGAGACAUAAUGUGGGAGCGGCACAGCUCAGCCAUUUGGCCGUGAACUGGGUUUCUGGGAACACUGCAUUUCAGGCUGAGAUCCUCCAGUUUUUUUUUACUCUGUUUGAUAUAAAAGUGACUUGUGAUGGCAGUAAGAUAUACUCAAAAAAUACAAAAUAAAUUGGCCAUUUUUCCACCUGCUGUUUUUUAAAAAUUUGCUAAUGCUAUAACAUUUAUAGUUGUGUACAUUUUUAAUACUGGGAGGUUUGAAAUUGUGAGCUUUAACUUUGAGUCUCAGUUUCUAAAUGUAUCCCUUUCCUCUUUUUCUUGUUUUUAAAAUGUUGCUGCUGGAGGUUGUUUUUUUUAACCUUCUAACAGCAUCUGCAGAAUUUUGACUGUAUAAUUACUACACAGACAUAAUUCCUCUUUAUUUUGUGAACCAGCAAUUCCCCUCAUUUCCCUAUAAGGAGAUGUUACAAUUGUCAUUCCUUAUUUUUGUGCAAUGGAAUAUAAAGGGUAACAGAAACGAUGACAUUGAGUAUGGUUUGUUUGGUUGUUUCUUGGCAGUUACUUAGACAAUCAGGGAAAAAUGCACAGUGUCCAGGUAAUAUUUAUUAUGUACAUCUUGGGAGGGGUGGGGAAGAAGAACAAACAGUGUAUGAAAAGUUGCUGAUUCUGUAAGUAAAUAAAUAUAUUUUCACUCAAUAAA